AGUCUGCCGGAAAACUACACGAAGAAGAAUGAGGUCAGCGGUAACUGAGAGCACAGAGUAGGAAGCGAAUGUUGUGUAAGUUAUGUACCAGAGGCACGUCAUGUAAUUUAUUAAUUUGAGUUAUCAAGAUAAAGAUAUUUUGGGAUUUUCGUUCGUGCAUAAUUUCGGGUAACACUCUCGUAGCUUCAUGGUAAUUCAUUAAACCGUUAAGGUAUUUAUAUGAGCGUGAAUGUUUAAUGAAUAGCUACAUGUCACCUCAACGCUGACAUUCAUAAUUAUCGUACUAUUGACAUGUAGCCCUUACGUUAGACAGUGCAUGAAGCCAUUUAUACUUUUCUACACAGUUGAUUUGCUAGACAUUUCAGGAGGUGGAUAAUAACAGUCGAUAUGGGCUCUGUCAAAGUCACGGCGUGCUGCAGGCAGCUAUUUUUGCCCCAUGCAAGAGCACUUGCUUUAACUACAAAGAUGGCUAGUUCUGGGAACAUCAUAUGCUCCCUCCGAAGAAAUCUCAGCUCCUCUUCGAGGUGGCGGUCCAGCAUGCCAGCUUGGGUGAUUGACGAGUAUGGCAACAAUGGGGUACUGCGGUUCACUGAAGAUGCCACAGCUCCCAGUGUCAACUCAGCAAGUGAGGUCGUAAUCCAGGUCCACGCUGCAAGCCUCAACCCUCUCGACAUAUCCAUGAGGAGAGGGUAUGGGUCAAAUCUUCUGAAGCUGAGACGGGACCCGGUGUCUUUGGGUCAGAACGGCGGCGAGUUUCCCAUCAUACUGGGUCGGGAUGUCUCUGGCGUGGUGUUGGAUUGUGGGUCGGGAGUGACCCAUUUCAAACCAGGAGAUGAGGUGUGGGCGGCCAUCCCUCCAUGGAAGCAGGGCAGCCUAGCAGAGAUGGUGAAUCUGACAGAGUAUGAGGUCUCCCACAAACCAAGGUCGCUGAGUCACAGGGAGGCGGCGUCCAUCCCCUACGUUGCUGCCACGGCCCUGUCUGCCCUGGUCAACGCGGGCGGCCUGUGUAGAAACAACUGCACUAACAAACGAGUUCUUAUCACUGGAGCCUCAGGUGGUGUUGGAACGUUCUCCAUCCAGCUGCUGAAGGCCUGGGGCGCCCACGUGACAGUGACCUGCUCCCACAAUGCCGAGGGACUGGUGAGGGGUCUGGGGGCAGAUGAAGUGGUGGACUACACGGCGGGAGACGUGGCCACGGAGCUGGGACUGCUGGAAAAGUUCGACGUGAUCCUGGACAAUGUGGGCGGGGACUCUGAGCAGUGGGCCCUGGGCCUGCUAAAGUCCUGGUCAGGGGCCAAAUACGUGACCCUGGUCACCCCCUUCCUGCUUAACAUGGACUCCAUGGGCUUGCUGGAGGGAGCCGUCCACUCAGGACUCAACCUGCACCAGAAGGCCAUCACGAACAUGUGUAACGGGGUGUUCUACCGCUGGGGGUUCUACGCUCCAGACGGCCCGGCGCUGGACGAGGUCAGCCAGCUGGUGGAUGCCGGAAAGAUCCUUCCAGUGGUGGAGGACACGUUCCUGUUCUCCCAGGUGCCCCUGGCCUUCCAGAAAGUAGAGCGGGGUCACGCCAGGGGGAAGACUGUGGUCACCGUGGCCCAAGAGGAGGAGGGGACCGGAGUGACUGAAGAGGAGGGGGAGGCUAGUGACACCCCAGAGCAAGUCAGGGAGGAAGUCAGGCAAGCAGCGCCAAAGAGCUAAACCGCUGUGAUGUCAACACUAAGCAUUGGGGCAUUAAGGCACGCAACUGUUUUGGUUUUUUAAACGCUUUGCAACGGACAACUUAAAUCAUUUGAGUUUUUUGGUCCCACCCUGUUUGUCAGUUUUCUUCCAUUUGCCUAAUAUGUACAAACGUGGAUAUGGUUUGUCCAUGUCUAUCCUGUAGAACGCUGAACUCUUGAGCGCUACUGCAAAACACUGGUUGGUAUGCAUUGUUUGCGCUUUUGCAGAUAAACUGCUUGUUUGAGAAAGGCAACAUUUAUUUAUCUUAUGGUUUGUCUUGUGUGUUGAGAAUUCUUUACGGAAAAGUCAAAUAUAUACAUUUUGGCCUGCGCAA